AACGGUAGACACGGCUUGUCGUCUCUCGACGACCGCUCAGCUAGCGUCCGCAAACGCACUGUUCCACACCGCAGUCACACGCAGCAGUAAUGGAGCACGCAGCAACGGAGCACGCAGCAGCAACGGAGCACGCAGCAACGGAACACGCAGCCAUGGAGCACGCAGCAGUAAUGGAGCACGCAGCAGCAAUGGAGCACGAAGCAGUAAUGGAGCACGCAGCAACUGAACACGCAGCCAUGGAGCACGCAGCAGCCAUGGAACACGCACAGUCACCACCGAUUUCGCAGCACAUAGCAGCACACAGCAGCACAUGGCAGCAUAUAAAGCCUGCGUCUGCGUCGGCGUCUGCGUCUGCGUCUACCUCCAGGCUUGGUCAAUUACCAAAAACAGCCCAUCGCUCAGCUCAUCACUCGGCUCAUCACUCGACUUGUCACUCAGCCCAUCACUCGGCUUGUCACUCAGCCCAUCACUCGACUUGUCACUCAGCCCAUCACUCGGCUUGUCACUCAGCCCAUCACUCGGCUCGUCGCCAUCUCGACGUUCCCGUUGCGAAGCUCACCUCGCCUCUGCUUGUCUCACUGGGAAUCAUCACGUUAGAUCGACGUCAUAAAUCAACACCACUCGCUACAAAACCGCCAUCAUGCCAGGUACCGUGCACCAUCAUGCAGAUACAUCUCUCUUUCGCCAUCCAGCCAUGGUCCGUCAAACGACACGUGAUGCCUUCAUGGCAAAGACGUCUGUCAAGGCCAGGCUGCUUGCAGAGGACAGGACAACUUCGACACGUCUCGAGGUGAGUCUUGGAAGCCUGGAGAUGCCCAGGACCAGCACCUAACGUCUACAGCCUGUGUACAUUGGCAUCGCCGUCGCUGAGGGGCUGAGAAAUGCAAUGGACGUUGCGUUUGUUAUCCACGAC